GUCUUUUAGGCAUUUUAAAGAGCCCUUCUUCUCCUCCUCUUUAUACUAUUAUAUAUAGAGAGAGAGAUUUUGUUUUCUACACCAAAUUUUCUUCUUCUUCUUCUUCUAUUCUUUCUACUCUUUCCUUUUCUUCUCUUUAAUGGCCACUUAGCCCUCUCCUUUUUCUUGUUUUCUAUUUAGUCUUUAAUCCUCCGCUGUUUGGUUCCCGAGAAAAUCACCAUGGCUAAGUCGAUCACUCUCGAGGAGAUCAAGAAUGAAACUGUUGAUCUGGAGCGAAUUCCCAUUGAUGAAGUGUUUGAGCAACUGAAAUGUACGAGAGAAGGUUUAUCUUCAGAGGAAGGAGCCAACAGGCUUCAAAUCUUCGGACCCAACAAACUAGAAGAGAAGAAGGAAAGCAAAUUUCUCAAGUUCUUGGGGUUCAUGUGGAAUCCGCUAUCAUGGGUCAUGGAAGCUGCUGCAAUUAUGGCUAUUGCAUUGGCUAAUGGUGAUGGAAAGCCCCCAGAUUGGCAAGAUUUUGUCGGUAUUAUUUGUCUGUUGGUGAUCAACUCUACUAUCAGUUUCAUCGAAGAAAAUAAUGCUGGUAACGCUGCUGCUGCUCUUAUGGCUGGCCUGGCUCCUAAAACUAAGGUGCUUAGGGAUGGGAAAUGGCAUGAGGAGGAAGCUGCAAUCCUGGUUCCAGGAGACAUUGUAAGUGUCAAAUUGGGAGACAUCGUUCCUGCUGAUGCUCGUCUUCUUGAGGGUGACCCGUUAAAGAUUGAUCAAUCUGCCCUUACCGGAGAAUCACUUCCAGUAACCAAGCAUCCUGGUGAUGAAAUUUUCUCCGGUUCGACUUGCAAACAAGGAGAAAUCGAGGCCGUUGUUAUAGCCACCGGUGUACACACCUUCUUCGGAAAGGCUGCUCAUCUCGUGGACAGCACCAACCAAGUUGGACACUUCCAGAAAGUGCUCACUUCCAUUGGGAACUUCUGUAUUUGCUCUAUAGCAAUUGGAAUGUUAAUUGAGCUCAUAGUUAUGUACCCGAUUCAGCACCGCAAGUACAGAGAUGGAAUUAACAAUCUCUUGGUGCUUUUGAUCGGUGGUAUCCCAAUUGCCAUGCCAACUGUCUUAUCUGUGACAAUGGCCAUUGGAUCUCACAAACUUUCUAUACAAGGGGCCAUCACUAAACGUAUGACCGCCAUUGAAGAAAUGGCCGGCAUGGAUGUUCUGUGCAGUGAUAAAACUGGUACUCUUACUCUCAACAAGUUGAGUAUUGACAAAUCUUUGAUUGAGGUGUUUCCGAAGGGAGUUGAAAAAGAUCAUGUGGUCCUGCUUGCUGCAAGGGCUUCUAGAGUUGAGAAUCAGGAUGCUAUUGACGCUGCCAUGGUCGGAAUGCUCGCUGAUCCCAAAGAGGCUAGAGCUGGUAUAAGAGAGGUCCACUUCUUGCCAUUCAAUCCUGUGGAUAAGAGGACUGCUUUGACUUAUAUCGAUGCUGAUGGUAACUGGCACAGGUGCAGUAAAGGUGCUCCUGAGCAGAUAUUGGCCUUGUGUAAUUCUCGAGAAGAUCUGAAGAGGAAAGUUCAUUCUGUUAUAGAUAAGUUUGCUGAACGUGGGCUUCGAUCAUUGGGUGUUGCCAGACAGACUGUGCCUGAGAAAACCAAGGAAAGCCCAGGUGGUCCAUGGGAGUUUGUUGGCUUGUUGAAUCUCUUUGAUCCUCCAAGACACGAUAGUGCAGAAACCAUUCGCAGAGCCCUCAACCUUGGUGUCAAUGUCAAAAUGAUUACGGGUGAUCAGCUUGCCAUUGCAAAGGAGACUGGACGAAGACUUGGGAUGGGAACAAACAUGUACCCUUCUGCAACAUUACUUGGUCAGGAUAAGGAUGCAAACAUCGCUUCUCUUCCUGUAGAAGAGCUGAUUGAGAAGGCAGAUGGUUUUGCCGGCGUGUUUCCUGAGCACAAAUAUGAAAUCGUGAAGAAGCUGCAAGAAAGCAAACACAUUGUUGGAAUGACUGGUGAUGGUGUUAAUGAUGCUCCUGCUUUGAAAAGGGCAGAUAUUGGUAUUGCCGUUGCUGAUGCCACUGAUGCUGCACGUGGCGCUUCUGACAUUGUUCUGACAGAACCGGGGUUGAGUGUCAUUAUCAGUGCUGUCCUAACUAGCAGAUGUAUCUUCCAGAGAAUGAAGAAUUACACAAUCUAUGCUGUUUCCAUCACAAUCCGUAUUGUGUUGGGUUUCAUGCUUAUUGCUCUGAUAUGGAAGUAUGACUUCUCUCCUUUCAUGGUUUUGAUCAUCGCUAUCCUAAAUGACGGGACUAUUAUGACAAUCUCGAAAGAUAGGGUGAAGCCAUCGCCUUUGCCUGAUAGCUGGAAACUAAAAGAGAUUUUUGCAACCGGAAUUGUUCUCGGAGGAUACUUGGGUCUGAUGACUGUUGUUUUCUUCUGGGUCAUGCAUGACACUGACUUCUUUAGUGUAAGUGUUGUUUCAUUUCGCUUUGCCUGCUAUUUGGUACGGAUGCACAAACUAAACUUCCGCUCUUCACAUUUGCAGGACAAAUUCGGUGUAAGAUCAUUACGGGGAAACAAUCCGGAAAUGAUGGGUGCUUUAUAUCUUCAAGUCAGUAUUGUGAGCCAGGCUCUCAUUUUUGUGACUCGAUCUCGCAGCUGGUCUUUCGUUGAACGCCCUGGUCUCCUACUGUUGACCGCUUUUUUCAUUGCACAACUGGUCGCAACUCUGAUAGCUGUAUACGCCAACUGGGGAUUUGCAGAAAUCAAAGGAAUCGGCUGGGGAUGGGCCGGGGUUAUCUGGCUUUACAGUAUUGUUUUCUAUUUCCCACUUGACAUUCUGAAGUUCGCAAUUCGUUACAUCCUGAGCGGAAGGGCUUGGAACAACUUGCUCAAUAACAAAACUGCAUUCUCCACCAAGAAAGAUUUCGGUAAAGAGGAGAGAGAGGCUCAAUGGGCUCUUGCUCAAAGAACAUUGCACGGACUUCAACCACCCGAAGCUGCUAGCAUCUUCAAUGAAAAGAGCAGCUACAGAGAGCUUUCCGAGAUUGCUGAGCAGGCCAAGAGACGAGCAGAAGUUGCAAGGCUGCGUGAGCUUCACACCCUCAAGGGUCAUGUCGAGUCGGUGGUGAAGCUGAAGGGAUUGGACAUCGAUACGAUCCAGCAGCAUUACACAGUGUAAAAUUCCUGCAACAAACAUUGCUCGAGAAGAAAAGUGCUGCAGUUUGAUAACGAGAACGAAUCAAGAAAUGCUUAAAUACUUUUCUAGAGAGGGAGAAAAUGUCUAUGCCAUAGUUAUCUCCUAAUUUACUUUUAUUUUCCUUUGUUUUUUUUUUUUAUAUUGCUUGAAGAAAGGGUUUGUGUUUCUACCAACUUUUCUCAUGCUCUGCCAAGAGCAAUGGUAAUGUAACCUUAUUACACAAUUUUCAACUUCUAAUUCUCUAUCUUUGUACUCUUUUGUGGAGUUUAGAUUUCA